AUGUUUGGAGGACGUAGGGCGCCGAAGAAUAUUGACAACUCCAAGUACUAUGAGAUUCUUGGAGUUUCCAAGAAUGCUUCACCUGAAGAGAUCAAGAAGGCUUACAAGAAAGCCGCCAUCAAGAACCAUCCUGACAAGGGCGGAGAUCCUGAAAAAUUCAAAGAGUCGGCUCAGGCUUAUGAGGUUCUGAGUGACCCGGAGAAGCGUGAAAUAUAUGAUCAGUAUGGUGAGGAUGGACUCAAUGACAGAUUUCAAGGAAGCCCACAUGACAUCUUCUCGUCUUUCUUUGGUGGUGGCAGCCCAUUUGGAGGCAUGCCGGAUUGUAGUAGCAGAGGAAGGAGACAGAGACGUGGAGAAGAUGUGAUUCGCCCACUGCAUGUCUCUUUGGAAGACCUAUAUCUUGGAACCUCGAGAAAACUUUCGCUGUCUCGCAAUGUGUUGUGCUCCAAGUGCGAAGGCAAGGGGUCAAAAUCCGGAGCCACGGCCAAGUGCCGAGGUUGCCGAGGAACUGGUAUGAAGGUCACUACUAGGCAUAUUGGACCCGGUAUGGUUCAACAGAUGCAGCAUGCUUGCAAUGAAUGCAACGGUACCGGAGAGACCAUCGGCUACAAGGAUCGCUGUGGACAGUGCAAUGGAGAGAAGGUUUUUCAGGAGAAGAAGGUCUUGGAAGUCCAUGUGGAGAAGGGUAUGCAAAAUGGACAGAAGAUCACAUUUUCUGGUGAAUCUGAUGAAGCUCCUGACACAGUCACUGGUGAUUUAAUUUUCGUCCUUAAACAGAAGGAACAUUCAAAGUUCAAGAGAGAGAUGGACGACCUUUACGUGGAGCACUCUUUGUCACUCACAGAGGCUCUAUGUGGUUUUGAGUUUGUGCUGAACCAUUUGGAUGGCAGGAAGCUACUUAUUAAAUCAAACCCAGGUGAAGUUGUGAAGCCUGGUUCGUUUAAGGCUGUAAAUGAUGAGGGUAUGCCAAUGCACCAGAGGUCAUUCAUGAAGGGCAAGCUGUUCAUUCAUUUCUCAGUGGAAUUCCCUAAAACUCUGAGCCUUGAGAAGGUCAAGGCUUUGGAAGUUGUUCUUCCGUCAGAUGCAUCGUCUCAGAAGCUGAAAGAUAUGGAAUUGGAUGAGUGUGAGGAGACGACUCUGCAUGAUGUGAACAUGCAUGAGGAGAAGAGGAGGAAACAGCAACAGGCGCAUUCAGAGGCCUAUGAGGAAGACGACAUGCCUGGUGGUCAGAAGGUGCAGUGUGCACAACAGUGA